CCACACCCCCUCUAUCCCCUCCGUGGUCAUCUAUCCCCCUCGUCUCCUAUUCAAUCCGCACGGUUUGAGCGUAUUGUUCAGUGAAAUAUGCUGGACGAAUUCGUCACACGACUCCUUCGUCGGGAUGGCGUGGAUCAGACUCAAUACGACCGAGGAGACGUCGCCUUUAUCAUACUCUGCGGUGCCUUGGUAUCUUUAAUGGUUCCGGGCCUCGGCUUCCUCUACUCUGGUCUAUCACGUCGAAAAUCUGCCCUAUCCCUUAUUUACGCUGUAGGCGCAGCCAACGCCGUCACUAUCUUCCAAUGGUACUUCUGGGGCUACUCCCUCGCCUUCUCCACCACCGCCACCAAUGGCUACAUUGGCAAUCUCCACAAUUUUGGCCUCAUGAACGUUCUCGCUGAUCCCUCCCCCGGCUCGCCAUUAAUUCCGGAACUGCUGUAUUCGUUUUAUCAGAUGGAGUUCGCUUGUGUGACAGUGUGCAUUUUGAUGGGUGGUUUGGCGGAGAGGGGAAGGAUCUUACCGGCGAUGAUAUUUUCGUUCGUGUGGAUGACGAUAGUUUACUGUCCUAUCGCAUGCUGGGUCUGGUCGACCAACGGAUGGGCGUUCACUUGGGGUGUCUACGACUAUGCUGGUGGUGGGCCCGUCGAGAUCGGUAGCGGCGUCGCAGGACUCGCCUACUCCUGGUGUCUCGGUCGCCGUCGCGAAAAAGAGCUACUCAAUUUCCGCCCACACAACGUCUCCCUCGUCGGCCUCGGCACAUUCAUCCUCUGGUUCGGCUGGCUCGGGUUCAACGGCGGCUCCGCGUUCGGUGCGAAUCUCCGCGCCAUCUGCGCCGUUUGGAAUUCUAUGCUCGCCGCCGCGUUCGGAGGUAUGGUCUGGUGCUUGCUUGAUUUCAGGUAUGAGAGGAAGUAUAGCAUGGUUGGGUUCUGUUCUGGGACGAUUGCGGGGUUGGUCGCGGCGACGCCGACGUCUGGUUUCAUUCCGAUGUGGGCGAGCGUGAUUACGGGCAUUUUGAGCGGGGCUGUGUGUAAUUAUGCGACUAAGCUCAAGUUCUUGGUCCGCAUUGACGAUGCACUCGAUCUUUUCGCUGAGCACGCCGUCGGUGGUAUCAUCGGUCUCCUCGUGAACGCCAUCUUCGCAAGAUCAGAUAUCAUCGCUCUCGACGACGUGAACACCUCUUUCCCCGGAGGGUGGUUGAACCACAACUGGAAACAGCUCUACAUACAAUUCGCCUACGUCUGCGCCGUCUGCGCGUACACGUUCGUCAUGACCGUCCUCAUUGCGAAAACUAUCAAUUUCAUCCCGGGGCUGCACCUACGGGCGGACGACGAGGCAGAAACACUGGGCAUGGACGAAGAUCAGAUCGGGGAGUUCGCGACAGACUAUAUCGAAGUUCGGAGAGACUACACAGACUGGACCGCACGUCCCAACUUCAACUCCGGAGUCGCCAUCCCUAUGGACGCGCGUCCAGAAGUGCAUCACGAGCAUUCGCAUCCGGUCGCGGCGGGCGUUAGGCAUGGUAAGGCGGAGGUUGGGAGUAGUGUGGAGACUGUAGAGGAAAAUGAGCAUGAAAACAACAACGAAAAGGACACGCAUGGGCAUGGGCAUGGGCAGAAUGGAAAUGGAUUGGUGAGGGAGGUGUGAUCGGCGAUGUUUCGUUGUUUGAGCGGCUUGCACAUUGGGUUGGGGCAUUCGAAUGGCAGGAUGUGUCUGGGUGUUGCAUGGUUGGUCUUAUCUGUCCAAAAAUGGAGUGCGGGCUUGGCAUAGCCGCGUAGUGCUGGUCUUUAAGAGGUCGUAUUUGUUGACAUUGUAGCCAUCUUUCUGUGUCCCUUUGUCGUCGAGGUGUAUCUCUGUUGUUGUUAUUUCUCUGCGUCUGCGUAUAUAAUGCGUAUUUACGGUUCAUAUUUGAGGUUCAGCGAGAGGCUUCACAUUAUCAAAGGCCAUACGUACAUACAUGUUGUUCUCUUCAACUUCUCAACAUCCCACAUUACAAACAAUAUACACGCACACACACACUACUUACACGAUCCC